CAUGCGCGCGCUAUUUUGGCCAAGCUAAGAUGGAGUUCAUCAACAGGGUGAGUUCCCCGAUGAACCCGUAUUCUGAGGACGCAUUAGAGACCAAAGAAGAACUUGAUGCGGCUCGGGAUGAAGUUCUAAAGCAGCAGAAGAAGACGGCACCAUUUCUUGUUGGGAGUAUAGCUAAAGUGAAUGAUCGUAUUACCAAUCUUGAUCGUGAGCUUCAGGACCUAGCUACUGGUUUAGUCAUAGAAAGCAGACAGUCAUUUGGUGAAGAUGAAUAUCCUCUGAUCUCACCACGCUUUGAUGAGGGGCCUAAAGCAGACAUAACACCUAAAGAUGUCAAAGAACUCAACCAGUUUGCAGGUGUAUAUGCUGUCAAGUCAAUGCUACAGGUUGAUAAGUCAGAUAAAGGAAAGCAUCUCUUGAAGAAUAUGUCAGGAAGCAGAAAGCAACAAAAAGACAAGACUGGGACCAAACCAAGAUUAGUUGAGCUUCAUCAGUAUCCAGGCUAUGAAUCAGAUCGUCUUACUCAACUCCCUGAAGUACCAGCUCGAGUCAUCCUCAAUACCGUUACCAAAGCUCAAUUAGAUCUGGAGAGGAAGCCACAUUACAAGAUUGAGUUCAAGAGACUAUUCCAUUCCAAGAUGUCAGAAGCCAUAUUAUUAGACACAUUUUGGUACUUGUUCCUGCAUCGAUACCACCCUAGUAGAGUAGUCCAGAGUAGACUCUUCAAUCGUAUCUCUCACAACUACGUCAAGUUACUCCUCUCAGCCAAGCAACCCAAGUAUAGAGAUGUCUUCUUCAGGUCUUAUGCUGACAUCCUAGCCCAAGCUGUGUAUGCAGCAUACUGUGCAGCCUUCCCUAACUCAUGGAGGCAGUUUGAUGAUAGCUUCAAAGAGGACCUGUGUGGACUUACAUCAGAAUGGGUGGUUGGGACUAAGCAGGCUCCAAGACGAUGGGCUGUAUGGAACUUUGAUGAUCUUGAACCUAAUGACAUGAAGAAAGAUGACUUCUCAAAAAGGGAUAAGAAGAAAGGUGGAAUGCUGAACUUUGAAUCAAGUUCAUCUAGCUCGAGUCAGAUCUUAGCUGAUGCAGGAGGUAACCGAUCGACCAUCGCAGACGACGAGAGCAGCCUCAUCUCAGCUGUAGCUGACGCUCAAAGUAUCAGCUCUAUAUCAACAUCAUGCCAACCUAAAGACAAGUUCAGGAAACAGAACAGCACAUGUGAUGUGACAAAGAACACAAGUAAACCUGCUCUGCAAACCAUCAGCGAAUUAUCGGCAGAAAAUUCUAGUCUAGACAUGUUGCAUGGUGGAGGAGGAGGAGGAUGGGAAGGAGGGAAGGAGAUAAAGGGGAAGACAUGCACAUCAAAGAAGAAGGGUGUAGGAUCUGUGGUGUCUAAGAAAAGUGAUUCUAGGACCAGGGUAGGAGGAAAGUCUUCUGACCUGACAGCAAGGCCAUCUAUAUCAAGAACCAGCAUCAACAAGAAAACAGAGAAGAAAGAGUCCCAUCCAGCGAGGGAAGGACCAACAUUCAUCAAACAUGUAUUCAACGUGGAGGGUCGUAGCCCCCUGGUGGCGCACUUCAUGAAGCAGCAGGGUCUAGAGAGAACAGCAGGAAUGGAUGUCUUACUACAGAGGACAGAGAUUGACAAGCUACCUUCAUCCACCGCUCCAACGUAUCAGGAUAUCAUCCAAGAAACCUUCCAGAAAGUACGGCAUAUGAAGGACACCUAUCAACACAUGCAUGAAGAGGGUGUUAAAGAACAUACUCAUUUCCUCACUCAACAGAGAGCAAAGCUUCAUGACCAUAUGAGGAGAGAGAAUGCUCUGAUGGGUCAUCCUAGAGAGGUCAAGAAGCUGAGUGAUCUCUUAGUCCUAGAGUUACUCAAAGACCAAGGUGAAGUCAGUACAGGAGCUGCACAGGCUGUAGAGGAAGCAUUGCGGUACUAUGCUGAUCAGGAUUAACAUCAGAACAUUUGAGAGCCUCUGCCAUACUACAGAACACCAGAAUGUUUGAGAGCCUCUGCCAUACUACAGAACACCAGAAUGUUUGAGAGCCUCUGCCAUACUACAGAACACCAGAAUGUUUGAGAGCCUCUGCCAUACUACAGAACACCAGAAUGUUUGAGAGCCUCUGCCAUACUACAGACUGCACAUGCUGUAGAGGAAGCUUUGCGAUACUAUGCUGAUCAAGAUUAACACCAGAACGUUUGAGAGCCUCUGCCAUACUACAGAACACCAGAAUGUUUGAGAGCCUCUGCCAUACUACAGAACACCAGAAUGUUUGAGAGCCUCUGCCAUACUACAGACUGCACAUGCUGUAGAGGAAGCUUUGCGAUACUAUGCUGAUCAAGAUUAACACCAGAACGUUUGAGAGCCUCUGCCAUACUACAGAACACCAGAAUGUUUGAGAGCCUCUGCCAUACUACAGAACACCAGAAUGUUUGAGAGCCUCUGCCAUACUACAGAACACCAGAAUGUUUGAGAGCCUCUGCCAUACUACAGAACACCAGAAUGUUUGAGAGCCUCUGCCAUACUACAGAACACCAGAAUGUUUGAGAGCCUCUGCCAUACUACAGAACACCAGACUUUUUGAGAGCCUCUGCCAUACUACAGACUGCACAUGCUGUAGAGGAAGCUUUGCGAUACUAUGCUGAUCAAGAUUAACACCAGAGCAUUGGCGACCUCUCUUAUACAGGUUACUUGUGGUAUUUUUGCAGGUACAUGUCAAAUAAGAUAAUCCAAACUUCAAACUGGUCCUUGCAUAUACAUAUUGUUUUUUGAAACAUUGAUAGAAAUUGAGUUACAAGGUUUUAUCACUCCAUGGAUGAAAUCCAUCUUCUGAGUGAAGUAUUGCUAUGAGAUGAAUACGUUAUUGAAGAUUGGCAGGAACUGUCUAUAACAAACUCUUUAUGUGGCCUAUUUAUUUGAACUCGACAGAAAAUGUCCUAAAGAUGUAGGAUUGAAGUGUAAAUGUCAAACUACCCUAGAUAUUUUCUACCAACUUAAAAGAGUAGAAUUACUGCAGGUGAUACUUUUUUUAUAUUUCUUGUGAUGCAAAAAACAAUAUUCUUAGCAUGUGAUGCCCGUCAUAAUUUAUAUGCCUGAUUAUAAAUUUAUACUUCUUUCUUCCCACAUACGGAGAUCAAUCUUUAUAUUUGACUGAACCAGUUAAAUGUAUGUUAGAAAUUAGUUAAAUUGAUUCAUGUCACAGGGUGAUAUUUAUAUAAUAUUGACUGGCCUUGAGGGGUAAAUCAGAAAUAUU